AUGCGCAGCGGAAUGUUUUUUGAGAAAAAGAAAAUAGCUUUUCAACUUCUCACAAUAGUCUUAUUUCGAUGGACAAGCGUCACUUCUUGUUUCAAUCUAUAUGAUACGGAUCGAACAAACAUGCAUAGUGUUUUACAAUUUGAUUGCUUAGACUAUUAUUCUUACCGUGAAACUCCUGCUUAUCAAGAGUUACGAGAUGUAACGAUUGAACACAUACCAUACUGUUUUCGUCCAGCAACAAAUGAAAAGAAAUUAGUACUGGAAGAUUCUAUCAAUCCACAGGCUCAAUACGUAAGUUUUCAAGAAUUAAGCGUGGCAAAUAUCAGUGUACAGCAACUUUUUACUUGGUCGGUUCCGAUCAAUGUGAUUGAGCAAUAUCAAUAUUAUCUUUAUGAACCGAAAUCGUCAUUGAACAAGUAUUUCUACAAUUGUUCAGAGCCAUGGUUUGGGCUCAAGUGUCAAUAUUCGUUCGAUUUCGACAAAAGAAUUUCUUUCAAUCAAAUAAUUGAUACAGUGUUUCUCAGUAAAAUGGCAUACGACGAGGCGUCAGAUGUAAUAUUCCAGACAUCGUGUUAUGUUCUUCUGAAAUGUUAUCGUAAUGGAGAGCCUUGGUGUCUUGAUUGGCGUGAAGUUUGCAAUGGAGUUGUUGAUUGUUUUGAUGACGGUCUCGAUGAAGAAUCAUGUUUCGAGUUGGAAAAGAAUGAGUGCAGUGAAAAUGAAUUUCGUUGCCGUAAUGGCUUGUGCAUUGAUGCUAGUCUUUGGGAACAAGGAGAAGGCGAUGCAGAUUGUCUUGAUCAGUCUGAUCAAUAUAUGGAAGUCUUCAAUAGUAGCAAUUGCUUUCAAUAUGCAACAUUUCGGUGUGAAGAACAUACUUGUACAAGAAGUUCUACAAUGUAUCCAUGUGGAGAUGGUCAAUGUUGUGGUAGAUUUAAAGUUUGCAAUAAUGGUCGUCAUAAAUUAUUUAUAAACGCGAUCACAGCCCAAGGUAAUCUAACGGAAAAAUGUUGGAUUGCUAUGGUCUGUCUGACUGAAAUUGGCAUGUAUGUGAAUGGGACUUUGUGUGAAACAUGGAAAACGAGUAAUUCAACUUACGAGUUUCUCAAAGAAUGCGACUAUUUCUUCCAGUUCCCUACUAUUCCAGUUUAUUCUGAUCAUGUUCGUUUCUUUUACAAAAGUCCUUACUCGCGAACAAAUUUGGGCCAGCAUUUUCUACCCGAUUAUAUUUGCUUUGAUCAACACUUAUGUGAUUUCCUCGAACCUCAAUUAAUCCAUGGAAAUCUCACUUGUCUUAAGAAUGUCACAGAUGUAUUUAAUACUUCUAUCUUUAUGUAUGAUGGCCCGUAUAUAAUUCAGUAUAUGGGAUUCUAUUUUCGUCCAUGCAUGAACUUCCGUGGUAUCUCUGACGGAAAAGCAAAUUAUAGUGAUCAUCCAUUAUUAUACAACUGCCCAAACUCACCGAAGUUAAUGUCGAAGCAUCGUAUCAUGGAUAUGGAAUCAGACUGUAGAGAUCGUGCCGACGAGAGAUACGAGAAUAGUUGUCUACUUAAUCAUACUCAUCGAGUCAGAUGUAAAGAUACAAAUAAUUGUUGGUCUUAUGCAUCGGAAUCCACCACUUGUUCAAUGGAUGACAUUUCGGAUGAAGACGAAGUUCCAUUUGAGAGUUUCUGUGAUGGCAUAGAAACCCACUAUUUCGAAGAUAAUAAUGGAGAUGAUACUAGUGAGGAGAGCGCGUGUAGGCCUGAAUGGUGUGACAAUAUUUAUGCCCGCUGUGAUGGUUAUCUAGCAUGUUCUGAUGGUAGAGAUGAAAACAAUUGCACUCGAAUCAAGUGUCCUUCAGAAACUUAUCCUUGCAUAUCUUCUCUCAACUACACAGUGAUUUGCUUGGAUGUGCAACGUUUUAGAGAUAACGAAGCUGACUGCCUUGGAUUAACAGGUGAACAACCGAGAUGCCAUGGCUCAUAUGCAUCGAAAAGCAGAAUCAUGAGUUUUAGAUGCUCAUAUUGGGAUGAAUGCAUUGACUACUUUCAGUUAUGCGAUGGUCACAAUGAUUGUCCUGACGGCGAGGAUGAAAAUUUUUGUUCAAGUCUUACCAUCAAUUGUGAAAAAAGAUCAUCCCAUAAUUAUAGUGCAGCUGAAGAGAUUCUUUGUGGAUUGAAUGAAGGUGAAAAUCGCGAAUCUCCAUUUUUUUCCGUUCACUCUUCAAACAAUUAUCCUCGACUAACAGACAGUGUUGCCAGUCAUACUAUUCAAUCUCCAGUAGGCCUACAUACUAUUGAAAAUAUCAAUGAAAUUAAAGUUGAAAACAGUUCACAAUCAUGGUAUUGCAACCGUGGACUCAUUGUUCGUACUUGGAAUGAAAACAAUAGCAAUGGUAAGGUGUGCAUUUGUCCACCUAGUUACUAUGGUAAUUUAUGUCAAUAUCAAAAUCAACGAAUAAGUAUGACAUUACGAUUGACAGCCGACGAUAGACUGGCUACGUAUGCUAUUGUUAGCAUGUUGAUCGAUGAUGAUGAUGAACGUCAAGAAAUACAUGCAUACGAGGAAUCUGUAUACAUUCCAAAGGAAAGCUGUAGUGCUAAAAUGAAUCAAUAUUUAUUAUUUCCGACACGUCCCAAAAAUGUUUCGAAGAAAUAUGGUGUACGUACUGAUAUAUUCGAGAAAAAUAAACUGAGUUAUGCUGGAAGCUGGUACUUUCCUAUUGAUUUUCUUUUUUUGCCUGUGAAUCGACUUGCCGUUUCCAUACAGAUAUCACGUCAUCUAAGUCACACUUCGUCGAAUUGUGCAAGUGAUUGUCAGCAUGGUUCAUGUAUAAAAUAUUCAAACAGAGACAAGCAUUUUUGUCGAUGCUUUCCUGGAUGGUCAGGAGUUCACUGCAAUAUUUCGAUGAACUGUGAGUUAUGUUUUUCUGGUUCAAUCUGUAUAGGAUCAUCAAAAAAUCGAUCUAUAUGUAUAUGUCCUGUAUACAAGUUCGGUCCACGAUGUAUAAUUGAUUCAUUGUGUCCCAUCGAUGCUUGUCAAAAUAAUGGCCGUUGUGUACCUUCUCAUAUGAGCGCAUCUGCAAAGGAUUAUAUUUGUAUUUGUUCAGAUCAGUUCUAUGGAUCCAAAUGUCAAUUUUCCAAAUCUAAAGUCGACGUUUCUCUAACUGAUAUCAAGAUUCCAUCCUAUCUCAUAGCUUAUUUCCUCACACUCUCUAAUCAGUCCAAUCCAAGCAAUGCAAUUGUGAUUCGAAAACUAACCCUCUUUCAACAAACUGUCACUUUCAAUAUCACAGAACCAUUUCAUAUGAUGAUAGCACAAGCCAAUUACAAAUAUUAUCUUGCCAUAUUGCAACAUUCGCCAAAGACAUUUAUCUCAACGUCGAUUAGUCCUGCACAAGAAUGCAUUCUUAGCGAUCUACUAUUCAAUUCGACAAUAUUAAAAAUGCCUCAAUAUACGAGAUUCGGAGCUUACUAUGAGCUGUGUGGAAAACGUCAUGAUUUGAGUUGUUUCGUUGAUGAAAGCUUCUUUUGUUUAUGCACUAAUGAUCAUCAUGCUAAUUGUUUGAAAUUAAUUCGCUAUAGCAAUUUUCAGUGUUCAUCGAAAACCUAUUGUGAAAAUGAAGCACAAUGUUUACAAGAUCAUCAAGUUUGUCCAUCGACAAGGAUUUGUGUGUGUCCAAAGUGUUUCUUUGGUAAUCGAUGUCAAUUCUAUGCAAAAGGUCUUGGUUCAACAUUAGAUGAAAUCUUAGGUUAUGAAUUUAAAAAUAAGAUACCAAUAUCUAGACAACCUAUGACAGUACAAGUAAGUGCUAUAGUUACAAUGAUAAUAUUUAUAAUAGGCACAAUCAAUGGUAUCUUAUCGAUAAUGACUUUUUCAAGAAAAAACACACAAAAAGUCGGCUGUGGAUUGUAUCUUUUCGCAUCAUCAAUAACAUCAUUAUCAACAAUGAUUUUAUUUACGCUUAAAUUUUGGUUUCUUUUCCUCUCUCAUCAAGACGUUCUCAGUGAACGUAAUCAAAAGUUAAUUAUCAAUGUUAACUGCAUGCUCAUUGAAACUCUUCUUAAAAUGGUUUCACACUUAGAUAACUGGUUUAAUGCUUGUGUAGCAAUAGAAAGAACAUUAUCGGUAUAUCAAAGAGCUAAUUUUGCCAGAAGUGAAAUGAAACGAGUUGCUAAACGUGUAAUUAUCGUUUUGCCUAUUUUCAUGGGAUGUCUUUUCAUUCCACAACUACUCAAUCUUCAUGUAUUUGAAGAUAAAACUGAAGAAAGAAGUUGGUGUGUCGUGAUUUAUUCACCACGGCUACAAAUGUAUACUUACACUUUGCUUUUUUUCCAUUAUUUUGCUCCAUUAUUCAUCAAUGUAAUGUCGGCUACAUUCAUUAUCAUAGCAACUACUCGUCAACGAGCUCUGAGUAAAAUUGAUCGGAGCUUUUGGAAGCAUUUUAAAAUCAAAUUUAAACAAUAUAAACAUCUUGUGAUCAGCCCUACUAUUAUUGUAGUUUUAACAUCACCUUAUUUAAUCAUUUCAAUUGUAUUAGAUUGUAACAAAUCAUCUAACCUACUUUGGUUCUAUCUUGUCGGUUAUUUUCUUUCGUUUAUACCAGCUGCCUCUAUUUUCAUAACUUUCGUUCUACCAUCCACUCUUUAUAGACAAGAAUUUUGGAAUAUAAUAAUAUCUGUUCGAAAACGCUUUUAUCCAUCAAGAUUAAAUCGUCAAAAAUUCUGA